UGAUUGUAAACACAGCGUCUACCGUUUUCCACGGACCGCAAAGGCGACUAUUGGGGACAAUUUACUACAUAAAGACAGCGACUAAAUCCAACGCACACAAUUUGUGUAAACAAACUGCUAGUAUGUUAGCCUUGAGUCAAUUCUAUGAAGUAUCCUGCAAGAUUGUUCUAAUUCGAAAAAUAAUCUGGAGAUUCAUGUAAAUAACAUAUUUAUUUUAGAUAGUGAUGGCGGAAGGAAGCGGCAGUGUGAACGGAGCCAAUCUGCCCCCGGGAGACCCUCAGCUCAUCGCGCUGAUCGUAGAACAUUUGAAAAACAGAGGUCUUUUUGACGAGUUUCGCCGCGACUGUUUAGCAGACGUCGACACCAAGCCUGCCUACCAGAACCUAAGGCAGAAAGUGGACAACUUUGUGACCACUGACCUAGGUACUCAGGAGUGGACCUCCACCAUCAACAAGAACCAGAUGAGGAACGGACUUAGGCAAAAAGUAGUGCAAUCUGGGAUGUUGGAGUCAGGUGUGGACCGAAUUAUAACUCAAGUGGUCGAUCCUAAAAUGAACCACACUUUCAGGCCGCAGAUAGAAAAAGCCAUUCAUGAAUUCUUGUCUGGGGAAAAAAAAGAAGACAGUCCGACUGGUUCAAAUGCAGUGCCUCCACCUGAACAGAGCGAAUCCAUAGACCCUGCCCCAGCGGCUGUUACAGGACCCCACACUCCAUACGGACCCAUGAACAUGUCAGCGCACAGGGCACAUAUGUUUUGGGCGUUUUUGGUGGCUUUGGCCGCUCAACAGGCGCUGAGCACAGAGCCGCUGGACUUUCAGGAGAAGCAAAUAUCUCAAGCUAAAAGACGACUGACUCUACAAAGCACAGCAGAGAUCCAGUCCUGUCUGGUGAGUUCAGGGGAUGUCGGCUGUGGAAUGUUUCAUUGUUUCAACAAUAACUCCUGUGAGAUUCAGGGACUACACCACAUCUGUCUGACACUGCUGCACAAUGCAGGACGCUAUGACUCUCAGGGUAAAUCGUAUGUGAAGGACGCCCUCCGGUGCAUGGCAUUGGGACUGCGGCAGCGCUUCAGUUGCGUGAGUCGGCGCUGCUCUGCUGUUAAAGACAUGAUCUACUCCCUUCAGCGCGAGUGCUACUCCAAACAUCAGCUCUGCCUUGCGCUCCAGCAGCACAUGGACACCACGGGCAGCCUGGUCCAGUUCCACCUACUCUUCCCUCCUGGGCCUUAUGUGGAGCUGAUUAACUUCCUGUUGUCCUGUGGAGAAGACGCUCGCUCCUGGGUCAGUCAGAGGCUCCGGGCACAGUGCAGCCAACACUGGGGGGCACUGUGUGACAGUUUCAGCAGCACCUGUUUUCUUGCCCCAUCAGAUACCUCUUUGAACACCUCCACACCAGCUCCCACUGUCCCAAGACCUCCACAGCCCAGCUUCUGGGGGCCUGAGCUGGAUGACAGGAGUGCUCCCAGUCUGAUGGAUAAUGAAACAGAGUCUACAUUUGUUAAAGCUAAUGUUACCUCUUCAUAGAAACCUACAGGAUAGAGCCCACACAUGCACUUAUUACUAGAGUAGAAGAGUAGAAAAAAUGAUAGUUUGGCUAUGCUAUAACUUAUUUAAUCUUUACAUUUGUACAAGGUUAAAACAUGUAUCUACCUCACCAUUGCAGAGGCCUCUUUGACAGAAUCUUCCAGUUAAAGAAGGGCAUGGACUCAGAAACAGAGAUUUAGUGUCCAGCAAAAAACACAGCUGGCAGCUCAACAACAGUCUCCUACCUAUUUAAAUACUUUUAUUUAUUCAUGUGUUGUUGUUUUUUUCUUUUCUUUGUUUUGUAACAUAUUGUUCAGUCUCACUUUGAACAGCUUCACUCAUUCACAUUCAGGCAUAACAAUAUGACCACUUGCCAGAUAUGCAGCUCCAUUAAACAUAGAUGGAGUCAGACACUUUACUAAGCACUAGCAUCUCUUACCUGUUGGAUUAGGCCAGCCUUCACGCCCUACAUGCAUCACCUGUUUCUGGUUGACCACUGAGAUUUCCUUGGACCACUCAUGACUGAUACAGACACCGCAGACUGGGAACAAUAAAACCAUUGUUAGAGAUGCUUUGACAUGUUUAGAUUAGAUCCAAUUUGGCACCUUAUAGUUUAGGGAAUCCCAAUAGGCUCAGUUUACUCAUCUUCAUGGGAUUUUCCAUUUUCAUACUUAAAGUUAGACUAUGAAACUAUUAUGGAGGUUUCACUGCCUCCAUGGAAAUGUUAUAUCUUUGCCUGAAAGUGCCCCAGGUAUGGCAAUAAUCUUCAUGCAGACAGGCAACCAGGUCCAAUUACAGGUCAGAUCUUUAAAUUAGCUUGGUGUAAAGAUUUCUGGUGGCGGGCACCGGAUGACUCCUUUGAGACUGAAAGUUGAAUCUAAACUUUGAAGCAUUCUUUGUGGAGAAGUUUUAUGCCAUUCUGUGGAAUGUCCAGGCAAAGCCAGAACAUCUCCAUGGAGACAAGUAGAUGCCAUGCUCUUCACCAGGCUGCUUGUAAGGUCUGCACAGACGCAAGCCUGCUCACAAUAAGGAUGCUGGUUUUUCAGUCUUUGAGUGUGUAUGUGUGUGUGUGUGUGUGU